AUGGGAGGACAAGUCUCACGGAAUGACUUUGAAUGGUCUUACACAGCUGAGCCACAUGCUUCGCGGAGAAAGGAGAUUUUGGGUAAGAAAAUUGUUUCACUGGAGAACUUAAUUUGCCCGAUUGGCGAUUUGAUUUUCGGCUUUGUCAAUCUGCCGGCAGACUUCUGUCCUGACUACAUUUAUUUAACUCGCUCUAUUACGCUCUUUCUUUGGACUCUUAUUAUGUAAGCGUUCACUGAAAGUUACUACCAAUUUACGAGUCGAUGAACUAGAAGCAAAUUGUACUUUCCCCUUUAUACAUAUGCGUACUGAGCGCCAGCUGCUUGCUAUCAGCAAAGCUGUUCAGCGAACACAUGGCGGCCAGUUUGAACAGUACUAGUAAGUAGUCAUAUUUCAGAGGAAGAAUGAAAAAAAUAGACUCGAAUGUUAAAUCCAUUGUGGCUCAGAGAAAAAUCCCACAAUCUUCGCGACGUGCAACUCAGAGCGGUCCCAAUUUUUUAAUGAAAACAAAACAACCACCCGGCUCUGCUAAACUGUAAUUGUCUAAAUAUUCUUUUAAUACCAGCUAGUUGAGUGUGUCGGGUAAAUAUUCCUCACUUUAUUUAAAUAUAUCGUUCACAGAAUAGCAUGGCUAUUAAAUGCAGAAGGCAGGAGUUGCUCAUUUCAUUUAUCUUUCUCGUUGAGAUCGGAAGAGCCGAGCUAGUUGAUUCUGCAUUUAUAGCCUUCAUUCAGACCUCUCCAAUGCUUGUUCAUACAAUAGAAGGCGCUUCCGCAGAAUGAGGUGUGCACGUGGUGAAAUUUUUUGAUAUUGAGAUUUCUCUGUACCUAAAUGAACGGCAUCUCCUUCCGAAUUACCAAUGACUAGAAGAAUUGAAUGACUGGAUGUUCUCUUUUUUCAAGAUGUCAUCGAGACGGACAUCUAAAAAUAGCACCUCAAGUUAUAGUGCCAAUAUCGGACACUGCCUGAAGGAAUAAAAGCAUGACACUUCAGUAUAGCCCUCCACAUCCUCAAUUUUAAGCUGCAUUUAUUAGUCUCAGUUGCGUAAGCAGCUAGACUCAUAAUCUGCAAUGCGUUUUUGGUCGUCUUUAGGCCACAAAAGGGAGGUCAUUGUGCGAGGCAUUCCUUGCAGAGAUCGUGGAAACUGGGACUAAUAAUUGUUGCAUGAUCGAAGCCACACCUGUUUUGUCAAUAAAGCUUAAAGGAAAGAUUAAAUUUAGAGCUCUACCAAAAUGUGUGGGUCCACAAAUUCUAUCGCUUGAAAGCGCAGAUUACUUUGGAACAAGUGAACAACACUGAGUGGUCGGAAAAAAAUAAGAAUCUUAAUUAGCAAAACUGUGAUGGUCAGGUGUUGUAAACUUUAAUUGUAUCUUGUGACGAGCAUGCAGUUUACUUUCAGCGAUGAUUGAAAUGAUGUGCCAUGUAAAUCACUUUUUUGAUCCCUGGCAAUGAUGUAAUUUGUCUAGAAUCGAGGCCCUUGAAUUUUCGUGUAUUUAUACAUGCAUAUAACCUGCGACCGCAAAGGUAUUUCCGGUCAUCACUAACACUCGUACUAAGUCAAUUCAGAAACAAAUAAAAAGUAUCACCUUCGAUAAAGUAGGGCGUAAAAAACCUUUAGCGAGUAAAUCCUGUUUCGUGAAGAAUUAAUCACCUCAUUUCUCGAUCUAAUCUCCAAGCAAGCGGACUGAAUACUGCUGUAAGAGUGUUCUUGUUAAUUAAAGAAAUGGGUAUUGUGAGUGAAAACUCUGUUGAGCUUUCUGUGUGACUAGUCUUUUCCCUUCUUGAUAGUAUGUACAUAAAACUUGUGUAAAAUGGUUUAAUGUUUGUCCUUGGUUUUACGUUUACUUUUCUCUGUAUUUGUAUAUAUGAUAAUAAGUUUGAAACAAAAGGAAAUAAGAAAGGCAACUGCUCAGUUCCAAACACCCUCACUUGCGAAAUAAGGCCAAGCAGAAAACAUGUCUUAGUUAAAUGAGACUAGGAUAUUAUGUUCAUGUUAAAGAUUUCACGCUCAAAACCGCUUUUUGAAAAGGAGACUCGGGGGUGACGUUGGAGAUGGCUCAUUUGAACCAACUUGAAGGAUAAAAUUACCGAACCACGACAAGUUCAUUUUUGUCUUUAUUACCUUUAAGUAUUUUUUGUGCAGGUUGUAUGUUGUUAUUAUGUAAAUUUCUUACGCUUUCCUGUUAGCAGAGAAGCUCAGUGUCAGGGUUCUUCACGAGAAAAUGUAAAGUAGAAGGAGAAAAAAAAUAUUUAAGUCAGCCACAGUAGAUGAAAUCAAAAGGAGUGGGAAGUUUUGACUGGAAAAGUUAUUCAUGAUAUCAAGGAUAAAUUGCAUAGCUUAUAAGGUUCCUAUCUUCAAUAGUCUAUAAUCUUAUUCCUAGAUAAUAUAAAUGAUAAAAGUUUGAAUAUUUUGACCUGGUUUCUAUGUUGUGUGAGAGUGAACACCUUGGAAAAUAUCAUUGCUUAUUUGUUGUUUUUACUGUUCACAAUAGUGUUGAUAGUUUUAGACUUUCAUUAACAGUAAAGUGUCUUGGAAAAUUUGCUUGCAAGAGGCAAAUUAUUGUACCAGCUUUAUGGCAUUUUCAUGUCAUUUGUAAUGUUUCAUCAGGAUUUAGUCAUAAUGGGGUUUGUUGAAUCAGGGUUUCACUGUAGGAAAAGUACUGGUUUCUAAAACCUUACUUGUCAGAAUGAGAGAAAGGUUUGUAAAACCAAGAGUACAUUAUUAACGUCAGCUUCAAACACUGGAAAGAAAAGGUCUCUGUUGACGUGAAUGAGGUUUCCCUCAUUAAUGAGAGAUAAGUGAGAAAUUUUACAAAUUAUUGAACAUGCAUUUAACUUAGUAACCUGUUCUCUUUGUUUUCUAGCUAAGUACCCCCAGAUUAAGAAGUUGAUGGGCUAUGAUCCAAACUUCAAGUACCAAGUGUUGUUGUUGAUGGUGAUUCAGUUCACACUGGCGUAUCUGAUGAAAGAUUUCUCUUGGACUAUAGUUUUUUUGGUUGCAUACACUAUUGGUGGUGUCAUUAACCAUGCUCUACUUCUUGCUCUCCACGAGAUCUCCCACAAUUUGGCUUUUGGCCAUGCCCGCCCUUUACACAACCGGAUCUUCUCCUUGAUAGUGAACUUUCCUAUUGGUGUACCAUGUGCCAUUUCCUUCAAGAAGUACCAUUUGGAACACCAUCGCUAUCAGGGGGACGAAGAACUUGAUGUUGACUUGCCAACGCAGUUUGAAGCCCGGAUGUUUUUCAACACAGCCACAAAGUUUGUUUGGGUGGUGCUCCAGCCAUUUUUCUAUUCCUUACGUCCAAUGUUCGUUAACCCCAAAAACCCACUGCCUUUGGAAAUCAUCAACAUGGUUCUCCAGUUUAGUGUUGAUGCUCUGGUGGUACAUUACUGGGGUGGAAAGUCACUCGUAUUCAUGAUUGCAAGUUCGUUGUUAGGAAUGGGGUUGCAUCCUGUGGCAGGUCACUUUAUCUCUGAGCACUACAUGUUCGCAAAGGGCUAUGAAACUUAUUCCUACUAUGGCCCCUUGAAUUAUGUGACCUUUAAUGUUGGCUACCACAACGAGCACCACGACUUUCCAAGUGUCCCAGGCUCAAGGCUGCCCAUGGUGAAAGAGAUUGCAUCCGAGUAUUACAAGGAUUUACCACAACACAAUUCCUGGACCAGGGUUCUUUAUGAGUUCAUCACUGAUCCAGCAAUUGGACCAUAUGCCAGAAUGAAGCGCAAGGCAAUGGGAUACAAGAAUGGAGUAGAAAAGGAGGAGUGA